AAAAGCGUUUUCGAUCGCCAGCACGCGUCCGCUCCCAGCUCGCAAUUUGCAAUCCGCUAUCCGCAAUCCGUAGUCGGUAAUCCGUGAACCUAUAAUCCGCAGUUCGCAGUUGGAAUUUCCCACAACGGGUCGUGCCUAAACGCGGAAAAUAAACUGAAAGUUAAUUAAACAUUUUGUGCGUGCUAUAUGGUUCAAACACUCUGCGGCUAACAAUUAAAAAAAAAGGAUUAAGUGACCAAUUAGAUAUUAAAGUGCUGUGAGCGAGUCCCAAAUUGGCUCCACUAGUUGUCAGCAUGUCCAGCCACGAGGAGGAUGACCACGAGCACGAGAACGAGCAGGGAGACGAGGUGGAGGAGCAGGAGAUCCACGUGGACGUGGACUCGGAUUCACGGAUGUCUUGCGGCAGCGGAUCCGAUGUGGAUAUGGACGGCGGCAGUUGCUACGAUGAGUCCGAAACGCCAUUGAGCGAAUCCCUGCAGUCGGAGCAGACGCGCUCCUCGUCCAGCGAGAAUCUGCCCUUCAGCAUAUCACGCCUGCUAUCCAAGCCCUUUGAGACGAGCCACCACCAUCACCACAACAACAACAACCACCUGAUCAGCAGCAGUCCCGGCUCCAGCAGCAACAACAACAACAACAGCAGCAGCGGGGAGAAGGGGGAGGAGAAGGAGCUGCUGCAGCAGGAGGACCACGAGCUGGCCGCCUACAAGCUGGCCACCAGCAUCGCCAACUCGACGUACGGAAGCGCCGCAGCCCUCUACUCGUAUCCGCAUCUCUACCCCUCGGCGGCCGGCGGCCAUGUGCUGCGUGUGCCGCCCCAGCGAACGCCGCUCACCUGGGCACUGCCGCCGCUGCACCACGCGGCGCUGGCCCAUCAGGCGGUCAAGGAUCGGCUGGCAGCUGCCUUCCCCAUCGCCCGCCGGAUCGGACAUCCCUACCAGAACCGCACGCCGCCGAAGCGAAAAAAGCCUCGCACAUCCUUUACGCGCAUCCAGGUGGCCGAGCUGGAGAAGCGGUUCCACAAGCAGAAGUAUCUGGCCUCCGCGGAGCGGGCGGCCUUGGCCCGCGGCCUGAAGAUGACCGACGCCCAGGUGAAGACGUGGUUCCAGAACCGACGCACCAAGUGGAGACGUCAGACUGCCGAGGAGCGUGAGGCGGAGCGACAGGCGGCGAAUAGGCUGAUGCUCUCCCUCCAGGCGGAGGCCAUCAGCAAGGGGUUUGCCCCUCCCUCGGCGCCCCUGGGCUCCCAGGGGGGCGUGAACGGGGCGCCCCUGGCGGCUCUGCACGGUCUGCAGCCGUGGGCAGAGGCGUCGCAUGCGGCGGGCUGCUAAUCGCCAUCGGAGGACGGACCCCCUGAUUUCGGCGGGAGCUGGUUUAUUUGUGAUACACUUCGCUUUGUACAUAGUCCGGGAUGAACGGACAGUUCGCACUGUACAUAGGAGGGGGCGGCGACUCGAGGCCCCACUGUAAAUACCUAGCUUUACUCUGUAGUGACGCUUUCUUAACCGGGACGAUGGGGAUUGGAGGAUCCUCUGACCCGGAGCAGCGCUUUAAGUUUGUGUAGAAUCUCGAAUUUCCGUUUUGUGUUUCGUAGCGCAGCAUUUAGACUCUUAGUUAUUGUUCGACAGUUCAACCGAAGCAAACCGCAUCUCAAAACGCCGCAGUGAGCUUGGAAGCCACGCCUAGUAGUAACAUAUUUAAUACACAAAAUUAUAUACGGAUUGUAAUGUAUUGUAAUUGUAAUAUCUGUCUUUAGGCUUAAGUCGAAUGGCAUUACCUAGUAUUAUAAAUUAUGAACCCUAAAUACAUGUAUGAUUAUUGAAAAGUAAACCAGAUGAGCAAUGAAAAUAAACACAUUAUUGAAUCAAAGAA